AUGUCACACCGCGCCUGUUGGACCAAGCGACUUGCUCCUAACCAAUUAACCACUGUGAUCGCCACCCACCGUAUCCAGAUUCAAAGUGUAUCCUUGACCCGCGAAGCCGACUCGACUCGAACCUCCCUGAUCUUUAGGUUCCCCAUGCCCAGUGGCGAAGUCGGGGAGGCGGUUGUUGCCAAUGUGGUACGGUAUUUGGAGGAUCAGUUCCCACUGAACAUCGACUUAGAGCCGCCCAAUACCUACAGCUUCCUCGUAGAUGGGCCUAAUACUCUCGAUCUAUUUGGGUCCUACGAUACAUCGAUGAAGGCUACGGUCCCCGAGCCCCCUCAGAAAGCUAAGGGGAAGGGGAAAGGAAAGGCGAAGGUACAGUCAACUGAGGUGGCUGAGAGUGACACAGUCCCUCCGUCAACGAAGGGGAAGGGAAAGGCACAGGCUCCAACGCCUGCAGCAUCAGCAGCGGCCAAGCUCGAGGCGACGGAUAGCGUCGCCUCUGUCAAAUCAUCGGAGACCGCUACAGGCACCAAAAAGCGCACCAGAGCGACUUUGAAGAAGUAG